CCAGACAGCCAGGCUGGCCUGCUUCUCUGGCCACCAUCCUCUCCUCCACAAUGAUGGGUCUGUGUCUCCCCAGAGGCCCCUGUGUGGCAGCUGCGGUCCUGAUGCUGAUGGCCCUGAGCUCUCCUGUGGCUUUGGUCAGGGACCCCCGACCACGUUUUCUGGAGCAGCUGAAGGCUGAGUGUCAUUACCUCAAUGGGACGGAGCGUGUGAGGAGUGUGACCAGAUUCAUCUAUAACCAGGAAGAGUUUGUAAACUUUGACAGUGACAUUGGGAAGUUCCUGGCAGUGACUGAGCUCGGGAAGCCCAUAGCUGAGGACUUGAACAGCCAGAAAGGCGUCCUGGACAAUUACCGGGCCUCUGUGGACAGGUGCAGAAAUAACUACAUACUUGUUGAUUGGUUCCUGUUGAACUUAAAAGCUGAGCCCCGGGUGACCGUGUACCCAACAAAGACGCAGCCUCUGGAGCACCACAACCUCCUGGUCUGCUCUGUGAGUGGCUUCUACCCCGGCCACAUUGAAGUCAGAUGGUUCCAGAAUGGCCAGGAGGAGAAGGCUGGGGUCGUGUCCACGGGCCUGAUCCGGAAUGGAGACUGGACUUUCCAGAUCCUGGUGAUGCUGGAGACGGUUCCUCAGAGUGGAGAGGUUUACACCUGCCAGGUGGAGCAUCCCAGCCUGAGCAGCCCUGUCACAGUGGAGUGGAGGCCUCCUUCCACAUCUACACAGAACAAGAUAUGGAGUGGGGUUAUAUUCGUGCUGGGUCUGCUGCUGCCCAUAGGACAGUUCAUGUACUUCAGGAACCCGAGAGGACUCCUGACUGACUGAGGUGACAAGGCUGAAGGAAGGAGCUUCCCCUGUCUCCAUGGCUCCAGUUCCUCCAUUGACAGUGCUGCCCCAGGACCUGGCUCCUCCUGGCUCUGGACCCUGCAGACCUGUGCUCCCUGAUGGCUGACUCAGCCCCUGCCUGGUCCUGGCAGCACCGGACAGAAGUCCCUCCCCUCCCCUGUCCUUCCCCCUUGUAAACCCCUGUCCUUUAUCUGGUGCAUCUGAACCCAUCCUGUGACAGGAUCCCUUAUCAUGUUCUUCCUCAAAUGAGCGUGCAUGUUUGAAGACAGAUAUAAGAGUCAGAGAGGAAAGAUUACAUCACCACAACAUGGCUUUCAUUUAGUUAUAGUUAUAUGAAGUAAUGCAUAUGACAGUGUGAUGCUGGAGAAUUUACACACCAUCUCCGAGGAGUCACAUCCUCUUAGGGAAAAUUCAAGGUCUCUAUUAUGCAUAUUUUAAGCGUUAUUAUGUAUGAUUUGCAUAAAAUAGGUUUUCUGAGUGUGUUGUUGGUUGCAUUUGACACUGUUGUCACCUUGACCUUUCCCUCAAUAAUUUCCUUACCUAAUAAAACCUCACUGCUUA